CGCCAACGAAGAAGCCACGUACCGGAGGAUACUUCGACAACAACACUUUCGAGCGAAUGAAGAACAAGAGGAGCCAACCAAGGAAGAGAGAAGCAAGGAGGAAAUAGCAGUACUAAUGGAACACAUGCUGUACACGUGCAAUUGGUAGCAAUGCGAGCUGCUGGCCAUGCGGCAGACCUUCAUCUGCCACGAAGCAACAUUUCGGACGCAGGAAUAGAAGAUCACCGCCUUGUAGAAUGCGAACAGUCAGCUGCAGACCACUGUCAGCAUAGGGUUGGCGCAGUUGAGUCGACAGGCAGUGCAGUGGCAGACUGCAGCCCAACUUUGGCCACGCAGGCCAAGCAACUCGAGGAGCGGAUCAACCACGUAGUCGCAUCCCUUGGCGACAUCAACACGAUUGCUGGGACGUCUACGGUCAGCAAUCAGCUGCAGACGCUCAGCGACCGCGUUCAACAACGAACGGCCUCCGUCGUCAAGGAUUGGAAGAUGUCGAACUUCAAGAUUGAGAAGUUCGACGACUACCACAAGAUUGAUCCGUUGCAAUGGUGGAUGGCAUUCAACGCGGAGGCAGAUGUACAUCACCCCCCACCACUACGGCGACUUGACGCACUCUACCUCCAACUUAUCGGAGGGGCACAAGCUUUCAUGACGCACAUGGACGUCGCGUUGGAAUGCACCAUCGCCAACCUCCACACCAAGAUCACGUGGGAGGAGUUCGAGAAGAAGUGGAAAACCCGGUUCAUGGUCAACAACGACAAACAUCACGCCUUGAACAAGAUCUUCCACAUAUUCCAAGGCCAGCAAACAUCACGGGAAUGGCUGACGCAGUGGCAAAGACUCGUCGCCACCCCGGAUACCACCUCCGUCGACGGACGGCGGAGUCUUCGUAACUAUCUUGCGAAGAUCGAUCGCGAGCACGCAACGCAAUGGUACGUUGACAUCGAUGCGCCGCUCUAUAUCCGCAUUCAGAUCGGAAAGGCGACCUGCAGUGCCUUGAUCGAUUGUGGAGCGUCUCGCAAUUACAUCAGCCAAGACUUCAAGGCACGCGCCGGGCUAGGCCUGCGAGUUCGAAGGAAAAGUCAGCCUACGCACGUCACGUUGGCCGAUGGUCACACGCAGAAGUCAAUUGACCAUUGCGUUGACUCCGUGCCCGUGUACUUUGCCCCACUAGGAUGCGACACCGUGUCACUCGACAUAUUGGACACUAAGUUUGACAUGAUCUUAGGCAUGUCAUGGCUGCAAAGAGAAGACCAUCCGGUGAACUUCUAUCGACGCACCGUUCACAUCGAGAUCCAGCCAAGAGAUCGGUACAAAACCGCAUUCAAAACGCAAUAUCGGCACUUUGAGUGGAUCGUCAUGCCUUUCGGUCUUACCAAUGCCCCGACUACUUUCCAAGCGGCUAUGACGACGGAAUUCCACGACCUGCUCGACUGCACCGUAAUCAUUUACCUUGAUGACAUCUUGGUUUAUAGCCGGUCGCUGGACGAGCACCUUCGCGCUGUUUUGGAGCGGCUCUGUAUCGCGAAGUACAAGGCGAACCGCGACAAGUGCGAGUUUGCCCAGCAAGAGCUGGAGUGUUUGGGCCAUUACGUUACGCCGCAAGGCAUUCAUCCGCUUGCGGACAAAGUACAAGUCGUUCAAGAUUGGUCGGACCUCGCGUGUACCACCCACGAUCGCUCCUUUCUCGGCUUAGCAUCAUAUUACAUGCGCUUCGUCAAAGGUUUCCAAAGGAUCGCUGCACCAUUGUCGCGACUUCUGUCCCCCUUGGUGCCCUUCGAGUUCAAUGAUGAAGCCCGCCCCGCGCUGGAGGCAGAAGCUCUGGCUGGCAUCGCUACGGUGGAGCAUGUGGGGUUGCUUGAUCUGGCGGGUCGAUCUCGAGUGGAGCUGGCGACAGUUGUGAUCGUCCAGUCGUUGGCUUUCUUACCUCGCUCUUAUCUGCAGCGCAUGUCUCGGUCUCAGCUCAUCAUUUGUAUUGGUUCGGCUGUCAAACCCGCAGACUCAGCCAUAGCGGAUGAACACAAUUUGCACCUGGUACAUGUGGACAAAUGUAGGUUCGGCGAGGUUGCAGACACUGUUAUGGCAUUGAUACUGGGUCUGCUCAGAAGAACGCAUGUGCUGGCCUCGCGUGGGUGUCCCCGAUUGGGCUGGUUUGGAGACGGGGUUGGUGAAUUACAGGGAUCCAGGAGGUGUAGGGGUUUAAUGCUUGGUCUGAUUGGAGUUGAUGGAGCUGCUUGUGCUCUUGCGAGGCGUGCUGCCGGAUUUGGGACUAAGGUUCUUUAUUGGGACUUACCGCAGGAUGAGCCAGAGAACAACAUGCGGAGGAAGACGUAUCCUAUGAAUGCGGAACGUGUGGACACACUGAAAGAACUCCUAUCUUCCAGUGACAUAGUGUCUCUUCAUUGCCCGUUGGUGGAGGAGACAAAGCGAAUCAUCAACGAGACAUCUCUCAAGUCCCUGAAACAUGGGGCUCUCCUUAUAAACACGUGUGGCAGCCAUCUGAUAGAUGACUGUGCGCUUAAGCAGGCAUUGAACUCAGGAGUUGUAGGCGGUGUUGCUUUGGAUGGAGUUGACGGACCCCAGUGGUUGGAGGCAUGGGUGCGGGAAAUGCCGAAUGUUCUCAUUCUUCCGCACAGUGCGGAUUACAGUGAAGAGGUGUGGACAGACAUCCGGACCAAGGCUGUUGCAUUAAUCCACUCAUAUCUGGUGGAGGGAACAGUCCCAGAUGAUGCCAUUUCAAAGGAGGAUGAGGAAGAGGAGUUAGAAAGGGAGAGAGAAAUGGAGAAGGAACUGGAGAGGGAAAUGGAAUUGGAGAGGGAGCGCGAGUGGGAGAGAGAGAGGGAAAGAGAGAGAUUACGGGAUGUCAGGGGAGGGGAGAAACGUGGGCAUGGCCUGGAGAUCGGGGUAAGCCAAGGGCAGGGCUGGAUCACUGGAGAAGGGUUAUUUUCACAGGGGCUUGGGUGGCAGAUGCCUCAUCCGCCUCUUCAGCAUCAGCAUCCACAGCAGCAGCGGGGAGUAGGAGGCCUGUCCUUGUUUGCGCCUCAAUUUUGCCAGGGUGGACUAGAUGGGGAUGGUCCACAUGAGGUUGUUGAACCUUGGGAGGUGCAGGGAAAGCCUGCAGAUGACCCCGUUGAAAAGGGCUUAAAGGGGCCGCUCGGAAUUGUUAGUGGGCUUGCAAACCUCGGCCUGAGUUUCAGACCUGGGUCCGGGGGAGGUAGUGGAGAGAAAGGGGGCGUGGGGGGGGGUAAGAAGUCAAAGAAAAAGUCUGCACGAGGACGCAGGCAUCAGAGAACAAGGUCAAGCAACUCGCUUCAGUGGGAAGGGGAGGCAGUUCUCUCCAAUCAAGUGCAAGCAGAGGAGCCAGGGGGUGAGAGGAAGGAUGCCGAAACCAUGGUGAAGGUUGCCAGAGAAGGGGUCACCAAUGGUGCAGAAGUGGACCUGAUGGGGGGUGUACGGAGAACAAAUGAAGCGAUGGGAAUGGCAAUGAGCAAUGGUGUGGAGGCGGAGGGUGUCAAUUCAGUAGCAGAUUUCAGGGUAAGGGAUGGAGUCAAUUUAUUUGAUGGUUUUCAUGGUGGGGGGGCUCAGUUGCAGAUUCAGCCUGGAGGGAUCUCCCGAAGUUUUAGCCAUGGGCUGUGUGAGACUGGUGUGUUAAGAGAUGGGGUGGUGGUGGCUCUUCGGUCUAUAACUGGUUCACAAUACUAUGCUGCCAGGCAAAAAGGUCCGGCAAGAGGAUGGCAUUUGGAGACCGUCAGAGGGCUGACCCCCAAGGAUCCCUCGGCGCAAUUUCUUGUUGUGAUGAAGAAUAAGGCAGGGUACACAGUCGUUGGGGUCCGGGAGGUCGACUGGUUAAUGGGAGCUGCUCUUUUCCCACUAAAGAAAGUGUGGAAUGGUGUUCUGAAACUGAAUGACUUCGGGAAUCGUGAUCAACAAAUUAAAGGGUCAUGUGACUGCUUUCAGGCAUCGCAGUCCCGUGUCUUGCACGCAAUGGCAGGCGUUCCCAUCCCAACCGAUUGCUUCUCUGAGGAGUCUGUUCAUUGUUGCUAUCCAUUCAUUGAGAGAGGGGCAGGGGGUGGAGGGGCUGAGCUGCGAGGGAAGCACGAAAUCAAAGGGCAAGCGGGGAUGGUAGCCAAGGUCGAGGUAGAAAGGGGACAUGCCAGUGGAGGGGCAGACAGCAUUGUUGUAGGCAAUUUCGGCGGCUGUGAGCAACUGAUCCCAAUCGUGUUGGUGUGGAUGACAAUACUCCCGCAGGAUUCUUUGGAGUGUAUCGUUCCAAUGGAAAGGCUCGUCCUUGCGGGUGAGUUCGUGGAGAGGGUAAGAGAUCUCGGAAAAGUUGCGAAUGAAUGGGCGGUAAUAGUUGGCAAGGCCAAGGAAGGAACGAAGUUGGAGGAGGGUCUUGGGUGGGGGGUACUCGACGAGGGCUGUGACCUUCGAGGGGUCCAUACGGAUGCCUUUAGCGGAGACAAUAUGGUCGAGGUAUUCGACGCUCGAAGCGGCAAACGUACAUUUGCUGAGCUUGGCAUAGAAUUUUUGCUCUCGGAGGAUCGCGAGGACUUGGCGGAGGUGCUGAAGGUGGGACUCGAAGGUGGGGCUGAAGACAAGGAUGUCAUCAAGGUAGACAACGACACAGACUUCGAGGAGGUUGCGGAAGAUGUGGUUCAUGGUGGAUUGGAAGGUAGCGGGGGCAUUGGUGAGUCCGAAUGGCAUCACGAGGAACUCGUAGUGCCCGAAUCGAGAGCGAAAGGCGGUCUUGUGAGUGUCCUCCUCGCGGAUACGGAUCUGGUGGAAGCCACUACGAAGGUCGAUCUUGGUAAAGUACUUGGCUCCACGAAGACGAUCAAGGAGCUCGGAAGUCCGAGUGAUGGAGGUGGUGUCGUCGGGGGUGAUGUGGUGGAAAAAGCGGGUGCGGGAGGUGCCGGGGGGGGUCUGGUGGGGGGGGUGGAGGAGUCGAUCGUGGUGGAGCAUACGAGAGAGGAGGUCAGCAAGGGGCAUGUCGGGUUUGUGGGCGAGGGCGGUUGCAAGGUCUUUGUGGCAUACUCGUUUGAUGCGGGAGAUGAACGCACAAUCGGGAAUGACGGUGUGGGGGAGGUGGUGUCGGAGGGAGCGGACGUAUUGGAUGAAGCGGUCCGUGGGACCGGUUUGGCGGAGGUGGCAGAAUUGUUCAAGGUAGUCUUCAAUGGUUUUCUGGGGGCGGAAGGUGGCAGUGAGGAGGGUGGCCCAUUGGAGGAAGGUGGGGCGUGGUCCUCCGGAGGCUCGGUGGUUGCUAGCUUCAACCAUCCACCAUUUGGCUGCAUUGCCRAGGAGGCGGGAGGUGKCAAUGGGGAGCCAGUGGGCAAGGGGCAUGUGGUGGAGCUGAAAAGAGUUCUGAAGCUGGGUUAGGAAGAGGAAAACGUCCUCGUGGGGGAGRCCGGAGAAGGACAUGAUUUCGCCAGAUCGGAAGGAACGGGGGAUUUCCCCGUCGCGGUGAACGAUCUG